UCCCUUCUCGCGCCCCGUCCCAAGGCGGCCGCGGUUGUCAACCAGAGGCGAUCAUGGCAACCAGCCGGGCUGGAGCAGCUCGGACCGCUACGGCUGCUGUGGGGCGCGGGGCUCAGUGGAGACUGUGGGGGCUGCUCCUUCGGGGGCCGGGAAAGCAGGAGCAGCAGUGAGCGCCAUGCAGCGGGCCUGCGGGGACGGGCCUGCGGACCUGCAGGCCUGGGAGGACCUCAAAGCCGAGGGGGAACCCGAGCCCGAGGCCAAGCAGAACGAGCGGCGGCCAGAGUUCGAGCUUGCCGAGCCCGAGAUCGAGCCCAACGCUGACCCCGAGUCUAAUGCCGAGCCCGAGCCCGAGCCCGAAGGCGAGCCCGGGCCGGAGCCCGAGUCCGAAAGGCCCGCGGAGGCCGAGCUUCAGCCCCCGGUCCCUUCCCCAGCCCCCGUGACAGCCCCCAAUGCGGCUGAGCCAGGCGACGUCAGCAACCAGGAACGCCGCCCCCGCCCCGUGGCCAGGACCCGGACCAAGAAAGGCAAGAAAGGCGCCGGACAGUGCGCGUCUGACGCGUCCCGGAGCCGUCGGCCUCUCACUGUCACCGUGGACAGCUCCAAGGCUAGAACCUCCCUGGACGCCCUCAAGAUCAGCCUUAGGCAGCUCAAGUGGAGGGAGUUUCCCUUUGGUCGUCGCUUGCCCUGUGAUAUCUACUGGCAUGGAGUUUCCUUUCACGAUAAUGACAUAUUCUCAGGUCAAGUAAACAAGUUCCCAGGCAUGACAGAAAUGGUGCGGAAAAUUACUCUGAGCCGAGCUGUGAGAAUCAUGCAAGAUCUCUUUCCUGAGGAAUACAACUUCUAUCCUCGCUCAUGGAUUUUGCCUGAUGAAUUUCAACUAUUUGUUACUCAGGUCCGAAUGGUGAAAGAUGGUGAUCCCUCCUGGAAGCCCACUUUCAUUGUAAAACCUGAUGGUGGUUGUCAAGGUGAUGGAAUCUACCUCAUUAAAGACCCCAGUGACAUUCGAAUAGCAGGAAACCUCCAGAGCAGGCCAGCUGUGGUCCAGGAAUACAUCUGUAAACCUCUCCUUAUAGACAAACUAAAAUUUGAUAUUCGUCUGUACGUCUUACUAAAGUCUUUAGAACCAUUAGAGAUUUAUAUAGCCAAAGAUGGACUCUCUAGAUUUUGUACAGAGCCAUAUCAGGAGCCUAACUUUGGAAAUUUACAUCAUGUAUUUAUGCACUUAACCAACUAUUCCUUGAAUAUCCACAGUGGAAAUUUCAUUCAUUCUGAUAAUGUCAAUACUGGUAGCAAAAGGACUUUUUCCAGCAUCCUUUGUAGACUUUCUUCCAAAGGAAUUGAUAUCAAGAAAAUCUGGUCAGAUAUUAUUUCUUUGGUGAUUAAGACAGUUAUUGCGCUGACACCAGAGCUCAAAGUGUUUUAUCAAUCUGAUAUACCAACAGGAAGGCCUGGGCCAACAUGCUUCCAGAUUUUAGGAUUCGACAUUCUUUUAAUGAGAAAUUUGAAGCCUAUAUUGCUAGAAGUAAAUGCAAAUCCCAGCAUGAGAAUAGAACAUGAACAAGAGCUUUCUCCAGGGGUGUUUGAAAAUGUCCCAAGUCUUGUUGAUGAAGAAGUAAAAGUAGCAGUAAUCAGAGAUACUCUUCGCCUAGUUGAUCCACUGAAGAAUAAGAAAAAAGAGAACCGAUCCAGUGAUCUUUUCACAACAACAUCAAAGAGAAAGAGUCAAGGAAAGAAAAGCUGGUUCCAGGCUAAGAGGCAUCUACUGCCGAACGUUGAAGCAGGUCAGCUGAGCUUUCAAGAUAUCUUUAUGGACAGAAAAUCCAGAUUCCCAUCCAUUUUUGGCAGAAUGUCUCGAUCGAAGCUUCAGUUUUCAAAGUUUUCCGUAGUCAGAUCUGAACAAUGUAAUAAAAUAUCAGGAAUGAGAGAAGAAUCCAGAACAGAUGAAGCAGAUAUUUUUGAUGCAGAGACUCAUAUGAACAAUGAAGCCAGCUUACCCUCGAUCUGUCUUAAGCAAGUAUUCCCAAAGUAUGCAAAGCAAUUCAACUAUUUGCGCUUGGUGGACAGGAUGGCUAAUCUAUUUAUCCGAUUCCUUGGGAUAAAGGGGACAACAAGGUUGGGACCAACAGGGUUCCGCACCUUCAUAAGGAACUGCAAACUCAGUAGCAGCACCUUCUCAAUGGCAUCUGUAGAUAUUCUGUAUAUUGACAUAACAAGAAGAUGGAACUCCUUUGGCCUUGAACAGAAGGAAUCAGGCCUAAUCUUUACUUCUGAGCAGAAAAGAUUCACAUUAUCUAUGAUGUCUCAGAAAGCAAGGGUCAUCAUGACCACAGACUUCAGAAAACGGUUUCAGAAACAUUCUCCCUCAUCUCUUCCACCAAGGGGCAUAUCUCUUGGUGGGAACACAGACAAGGCCUUCACACCACAUUUUGACUAUUAACACAUCCAUCCCACAAUUCUUUCUUCCUAGGAAAUCUUACUAAUUGUCUCAUAUUAAUGUCUGUCCUUUUUUGUGGUUCACCCCUGCUAGCUAUCACCAUUAACAUUACUUUACUUAGUAAGAGAGGAGUUAGUAGUUUUCAUUUUUAACAAUAAGCACGAUUAAAAGUUGCUAACCCUGCUCAUUGGCCCUAGAGUGAUUACCCAAUUUAUCCCCUCCCCUAAUUUUUGUUUUUGAAAUGAAAUCCAAGUUCACUGAAUAAUGCAAUUCAUUGGCUGAACAAGGUGAGAGCCUCUAUCACAAGGCUGCGUUUGGCAGCUGCUUUACAAUCUUUGCAUUGGCAGUAGGGAGAGAGACUUGAAAUCCAGCUCCUUCAGGGUAAGUAUUCUGAUUAAUUAUCAUUUGAGGACUUAGAGCUCUGUGUCACAAUCACACACUGAAAUUUCUGCUGAUGCUUUCAUAAAAGCAAAAGAAGUGUUUGGCUCCAGAGCCAAAUACAGAUGAUAGCAGGAUUCUGCAGUGGGGAGAGGCCAGGAUGAGGGGGAGGGGGUAGAGCGGAAUUAUUAAAUAUUGAAAUUGAUCGGGUGCAGCAGUAGGAAGCUAUUUAUCAUGUUUAUUGCUUCCCACUAACAUCACCAUCUGGCCCAUUGUUCAUUCAGGAUUAGCUUUUCAAGUUCUGGUUGCAUCUUAAAUUGCUCUGUAGUAGGAGGCCUAGCUUAGAGCUGUCCAGGAUAUGCUUUCCUGGGGUGAGGUUUUUUUGGGGUCUGCUAGUGUGUUUUUACUUUUGCUGACCCAGAUGGAGAAAUGAAGAAAGAACUUAUUUUUAGCACAGUCUAACAAGCAGAAUCAUGAGCUGUAAAUAAUAUAGCUCAACAUUCCUGUGAGGUAAAUAGUAGGAGUACUUUGAUCCUUCCCAUCCUACAAAUGAGGGAACUUAGGACAAGAGAGGUACAAUAAUUUGUUGACAAACACACACAAAAAAUAAAUAUUAAAACCAAGACUCUAGUCCAGGUUGUCCAACUUCAAAUUCCAGCAUUCUUUCCAGCAUACCCUUCUGCCAUACUUACUUUUCCAAAACCAUUCAUUCAUUCAGCAAAUACUGAUUAAACACUUAAUAUAUUCGAUAUACUUGCAAAUAUAAUACUCAGUCCCUACAUUAUAAAAAGUCAUUAGCUUAUGAGUGAUAAAAAGAUAAAAAAAUAUAUAAUAUAAAUGAGAAUUUGAUUCUAGGAAAUGACUAGAAUUUAGAGUAUAUAAAAAGAAUACAAAGUGCUAUGAGAUUUUAGGAAGGAUAAACGAAUGGAAAAGGCAUCAUUUGAGCUGGGCCUUGCAAGAUGAGUAGGCUGUCAAUAAGCAGAGCUGAGCUGGGAACAUUUGAUUUUAGCAAUCCUUACUUUACAGAGAAGUCUAGUAAUAGAGCCCUGGAACCUUCAUGGAAAGAUAUCACUUGAGAGCCAGGUAAAUUAUUAUCUCCAGCUUAGAUGACAAAAGAGAAAAUUUGUUUCUGAAUGGGUAUCUGUAGCAAGCUGGUGACUACAGUCUCUAAGUGUCGUAUGAGACCAAAAAAUAUGAAUAAUUCUCUUAGGGCAAAGUUAGGGAAACUUCUUUGGGCACAACUGACUUUGUGGCCAGUACACUAAUACAAACUUCAACCAUUUUGCUUUCCUGUGGUUAUGAAAUGAAGAGAGAAAUCAUUCGACUACUCUGAAAUGGAAGACAAAGGAGUUACUGAUAGUGGUGGGAAUCUGGCUUUCAUGUUUCCUGAGAAGAGUUAUAUUGAAGCUUAGGAAUUGAAUGCUAUUAGAGCCAGAAAGAAACAUAGUAUUAAAUGCCUACUAUGUGUCAGGCACUAUGCUAAAUGUUGGGGAUACUAAAAGAAAAAAAAAGCACAAAAGACAGCCCCUGUCCUCAAGCAAUUCAGUGUCAUAAAUCAUAGAAUUAGGUCACAAAAUGUUGGAACACAAAAGGUUCUUAAAACAUAGAGUCAUAAGAUAUUAGACCUUUAACCAUUUAGUCUAAUAAUAAUAGAUUUAUAAAAUCUUUUAUUUUAUACAUAAGAUGCUGAACCUAAGAAAAGAUAAUUGACUACCCAAGGUAAUAAGUAGAGUUAGUGAUCAAGCUAUCCCACCUCUGCUGACUCCAAAGUUCAAAGGUCUGGAAAAAAUUCAGAAGUCAUCAAGACCAGUCCCUUUAUUUUACAAAGAAGAAUCUGAGCCCCAGAAAAGUUGAAAAAAUUACCCAGAGUUACAUUAUCAGUCAGUGUCUAAGACAAAAUUUAAACUCAGGUCUUCUUGAUUCCAAGCCCAGUACUUUCCCCUUUGUCUCAUUGUCUGUCACUGUCUGUUACUAAAAUAACUGUCUUUUAUUGGAGUCAACAGAAAGCCAUAGUUUUGUCUUCAGACUUUCAGAGGUCAGAUAAUACUAUUAAUAAUCUUCUGUUUAAAUGGAACUUGAUGGUUUUCAAAGUAUUUUCAUGUCCAUUUUUUAAUUUGUCAUCAUAAUCCUGGCUUUGGGGGGGGGUGAUGAAUAAUAAACAGUAUAAAUAUUGGUUCCAUUUGACAGAUGAUGAAAUUGAAUCUUCGGGGAGUAAUUUUGUUGUAAAGUCAUUUUUUCAAUUGUGUCAAACUCUUUGUAAACCCCAUUUAAGGUUUUCUUAGCAAAGAUAC